UACUACUGGUCAGCUUGCCUAUACACGUGCUGCAUCAUCGGAUGUGGUGAUACGGUUUUGUGAUAAUGAGGAGUGGCUCUAUCUGCUACCCAGUACGCUAUUUACACCAGCUCGUCUCUUCGGAAGUCCCAUGACCAUGAAGGACGAGGAGCAGCCGCCGAUCCAGGCUGCAGUGAGGGUGAGGCAGUCUAGCCUAUCAGUGGCCGUGGUGGGCAGUGACGAGGCAGUAGUAGGGGCGUCCUCGGGUGCUCUGUCUGACACUCACUAUGACCGUCCUCGCGCUUGGUGGGGCUGCAGACACACGCUGGCCUUCCUUGGCUUCCUGGGCUUCUCGACUGUUUACGCCAUGAGGGUCAAUCUCUCUGUAGCAAUAGUUGCCAUGGUAAAGUCAACUUCUGGCGGUGAGGAUGGCAAGCCAAGUUACACCAAUGAUUCCUGUCCCGCGCCUCCAGGUUGGGGAGACUCUAGCAACAGCAACGGAGAGGAUGGUGAAUUUGACUGGAGCGAGACCACACAAGGCUUAAUUUUGGGUUCCUUUUUCUACGGGUACCUUUUCACCAACUUCCCCGGAGGACGCGCUUCUGAGUACUUCGGUGGCAAGCGAGUACUCGGUAUUGGAAUCCUGCUGACUGCCAUCUUUACCAUCGUGUCUCCUGUGUGUGCCAGAGUGUCCACAGGCCUCUUCGUCGCUGUGAGGGUAAUUGAAGGGCUGUGCGAGGGCGUCACCUUUCCUGCCAUGAAUAAUCUCCUUGCCACAUGGAUCCCGCCAAUGGAGCGAGCUAAAUUUUCUUCCUUAGUGUUUGCAGGUUCCCAAUUCGGCACUGUGGUGACUCUGCCAGUGAGUGGGUGGCUCUGCGACAGUGGUUUCCUUGGGGGCUGGCCUUCCGUUUUCUAUGUGUUUGGAGGACUAGGACUGCUUUGGAGCAUUGCUUGGUUCCUCCUCGUGUUUGACCAGCCAGACACUCAUCCUAGAAUCUCUCAAGAGGAAAAGAAAUAUAUUCAAAGCCACUGUACAGCAAAAAAAAGCCAGCCAGUGUCGAUUCCUUGGAUGUCUUUAGUAACGUCCUUGCCGAUGUGGUGCUUGACAUUGGUGCAUUUUGGACAGAACUGGGGCUUCUACACCCUCCUUACUGAACUCCCUACCUACCUCAAGAAUAUUCAACACUUCGAUAUGAAAAGUAAUGGCCUUGUAUCAGCAUUACCUUACUUGGUGAUGUGGAUCUUCAGCCUUGUCUACAGUAACAUAAUGGACAAACUUCUUAGUGCAAAAAUGGUGUCGCUGUCCACAGUUCGCAAGUUAUCUAUGGUCAUAGGCAUAUAUGGACCCAUGGUAGGCUUGGUCGCCAUGUGUUUUGUGGACUGUGAUAAGACUCUGGCUAUCGUAGUGCUGUGCAUAGCCGUGGGUCUCAAUGGUGCCAUCUAUAGUGGGUACAUGUGCUCCCAUCAGGACCUCUCUCCCAAUCUGGCUGGUACCCUCAUGGGCAUCACCAACACUGCGGCAGCCAUCCCUGGUUUCGUGACGCCCGUCGUAACAGGCGCCCUUACAGAACAGCAAACACUGAGUUCCUGGCGGGGAGUGUUCCUCAUCUCAGCAGGUGUUUAUUUAGUGACCAACAUUGGCUACCUCUUGUUUGUGCCAGUCACCGUCCAGCCGUGGAAUGACCUGAGCUCUUCACCGGAGAGUGAACAGAAGAGGUAUUAGCAUUCUCCUUCGUCAUCUCUGCGUUGGCCAAGAAAAUAUACGUAGCUUGCUGACCAUUUCCUCAAGACUUCAAUGAUACAGUAUUACCAGCAGAGAACUAAUGACUGAGGGAAGACUAAAUGCAGUGGAGGUGAGUGGGUAUGCAGAUCGACUUCUGUGACUAUACGUAUAGUGUAAAUCCCACUCAUGAGCCAGUGAGCGAAUGGCAAGGUCACGACUGCAAGAGCGAACAAGGAGACGCAUGAAUGCCAAGCAUUUCCUACUUUUACUUACAUUUUACUCUUAAAGGAAAGUAUUUAUUUCAUA